GUUUCGCUGAUUUCCAGUACUGCCAAGUUGUAUCUCCCCAUUCCCGUUGCUAUUUGACUGGUCUUCCCGGUCUCCCACAUUGUUUGAACGUUCCAUGUAUCUGUAAAAGUUGUUGCUCUGGUUGUUAGAAGGGGCAUCGGCCUUGUGGCUUCCGAAGGAACUCGGCUUUCACCAUGAGGCGUCAUAGUUCUUCUAAAUGAAAACCUAGCUCCCAGGGCAGAGUUCAAAUGGUUUGAAUUAUUUUUUCUGGUUAGCAUUCUUUUAGCGAGUUAGUUUUCUACGGUGUGGGGUCGCUAACCUCAUGCCCAACCCUCCUCCUUUACCCGGGCUUGAGACCGAUAGUAACUCUAGAAGAGCUACAGGCGGAGUUGGCUGCAUAUCUAGUAACUACCUAAUUCUAGAACUAGAAGAAUAUAUAAUCCAGUCAUUGAUGGUUUUCUCUCAUUGACAGUCAACUAGUUCUUACGAAAAGUCUUCUGAGUGGUUAUUUUAAAUUUGUUUAGUGAGAUAGUUAUUUACCUUGAAGUAAUCUGUUCAGAAAAUAGUUUCAUGUUACAUAAAAUACAAUUCAAGAAAAAUCAUAGGGUUGUAGGUCUGAAUUUGUAUUUUGAUCAAACGACUGAUGGUACUGUUUAUCUUUCUUGGGAUUCAUGUGUAAGAGUAGUAUUUCUUAUUUAUUCUGUAUCAAAAAAUUAUCAAACUGUUCGCACUGUUACUAUACAUUUAAUUAGGAUUUCACCAGUUGAGUCGUUUGGGUUUCUUUUCAUAUGGUGAUUAAACUAACAUGGGUUGACGCCAACCUUUUAGCAAUCUCCACAAUGGAACAAAAUAAAGAAAUACUUCUUACUGAAAUCAGGAGCCGAAUAGAUGAAAUGAAUUCACGCACAUUAUAUUUACGUAAAUUACCACGAAAUACAAGUCUUUCUCAGCUGAAAGCAUUGUGUCGUAGUUCAGCAAAUGGUCGGUUGCUAAAUCCGUCUCGUCACUUAAAACAUAGAUUAGCGCUUAUGGAGUAUAAUUCACCUGAAGCAGCAUUGUCUAGUCUUAAGUCAUUGGGUGACAAAUUCUUUGGAGAUAUUCCUAUUACUGUUGAGUUAUGUUCUGAGCGCUGUAAAUCUCUGUCUAAUAGUUGGAGGCCACCAGAGUCAUAUGAAUUGAAUGAAUUUAAUUUGAAUAAACUGUAUGUAGCAGGUAUCAAUCGUCGAUCAACUGAACAGGAAAUUCGGGACCUAUUUCCUAACGCUGAGUCUUUUGACUUCAUUGUACAUGAAGGUGCUUUAUGGCAUUGUCGUGUUAUAUUUACCAAUCAAAAAGACGCUCUUGAAGCAUUCAAUACACGACAUGGAGUUGUCCUCCAUGAUACGCCAAUUAACUUAAACUUUGACCUAAGGAGUCGUAAAUCUUCACUUUUAGUUCGUGCACCAAUCGUUUCAACAAUUACUGAUCCAAAGGUUCUGUCAAACGAAAAGCCGAAGCUGAAAAGCAGAAAAAGUAGUUCCCAUUUAAAUCAGCAACAAAGUCGGGGGAAUAAAUCUCUAACUGAAUCACCGAGUGGUCCUGUUAAGAAUUCAAAUCUUGAAGCAAAUAAAAGCAAAAGAAAAAAAUACAAAAAUGAGAGUGCCUCCAGUAAUUCAGUCCCGUUUUCUUUGGCUACUAACCAUGGACAUCAAGUUUCUAAACCAGUACCGAAAAAGCGAAAGUUGGUGUAGUACGGGAACACUUAUGCGUUUAUUAACUUUAGCUUGAAGUUUAAUGAAUAAAAUAAUUUUUUUCAACU